AUGUGUUCUGUGUUCAUCUCAUCACUACCACCACCACCAUCACCACCACCACCACUACUACCACCCCCACGGCCACCACCACCACCACCACCACUACUUCUACCAAUACGGCCAACACCAUCACCACCACUACUACCACCCCCACGGCCACCACCAUCACCACCACCACCACUACUACCACCCCCACGGCCACCACCAUCACCACCACCACCACUACUACCACCCCCACGGCCACCACCAUCACCACCACCACCACCACCACCAUCACCACCACCACUACUACCACCCCCACGCCCACCACCAUCACCACCACCACCACUACUACCACCACGGCCACCACCAUCACCACCACCACCACUACUACCACCCCCACGGCCACCACCAUCACCACCACCACCACUACUACCAUCCCCACGGCCACCACCAUCACCACCACCACCACUACUACCACCCCCACGGCCACCACCAUCACCACCACCACCACUACUACCACCCCCACGGUCACCACCAUCACCACCACCACAACUACAACCACCACGUCCAACACCACCACCACCACCACCACAACUACAACCACGGCCACCACCAGCACCACCACCACCACCACUACCACCCCCACCCGCCCCACCAUCACCACCACCACAACCACCACCCCCACCCCCCCCAGCACCACCACCACCCCUACGACCACCCCCGCGCCCACCAUCACCACCACCACCCCUACUACCAUCCCCACGGCCACCACCAUCACCACCACCACCACUACUACCACCCCCACGGCCACCAUCACCACCACCACCACCACUACUUCUACAACCACGGUCACCACAAUCACCACCACCACCACUACCACCCCCACGGCCACCAUCACCACCACUACCACCCCCACGGUCACCACCAUCACCACCACCACUACUACCACCCCCACGGUCACCAUCACCACCACCACCACCACUACUUCUACAACCACGGCCACCACCAUCACCACCACCACCACCACCACUACUUCUACCAAUACGGCCAACACCAUCACCACCACUACUACCAGCACCACGGCCACCACCAUCACCACCAUCACUACCACCACCACGGCCACCACCAUCACCACCACCACCACCACCACCACCACCACCACCACCAUCACUACCACCACCACGGCCACCACCAUCACCACCACUACUACCACCACCACGGCCACCACCAUCACCACCAUCACUACCACCACCACGGCCACCACCAUCACCACCACUACUACCAGCACCACGGCCACCACCAUCACCACCAUCACUACCACCACCACGGCCACCACCAUCACCACCAUCACUACCACCACCACGGCCACCACCACCACUACUACCACCCCCACGGUCACCACCAUCACCACCACCACCACCACCACGGCCACCACCAUCACCACCACCACCACCACCACCACGGCCACCACCAUCACCACCACCACCACCACCACCACGGCCACCACCAUCACCACCACCACCACCACCACGGCCACCACCAUCACCACCACCACCACCACCACCAUCACCACCACUACUACCAUCACCACGGCCACCACCAUCACUACCAUCACUACCACCACCACGGCCACCACCAUCACCACCACUACCACCACCACGGCCACCACCAUCACUACCAUCACUA